AUGCGCCUCGCCGACGCCGCUUCCCAGUUGGAGGCGAUGUGGCAGAGGCGGGUAAAGGGAUAUCCUGUACAUCUCGACGCCAGCGAUGGCAAGUCCAGCAGGAGUCUCUAUGCUGAGAGCGGCUCUGCAAGUCAUCUAGCUGCGGCUGGAGGCCUUCCCGAUGCUGCGUUCUCCCCUCGUCCAAACUCAGACAGAGACGGCAUCACUCUCGCCCCUCCCCUGACGGAUAGGGAUGAAUAUUCCGAGAGCAACGACCCCCUCGAAGCUCUUAUGCCCUCAAGUCCAUAUGUCCGUAAAGCACCUCUACACCGCUUCUGCCGUGUCUGCCUAUGUCUAAUGCAUGCCUUCGCCUCCCAACGGUUGGUGGCUCGGCAGGGAGACUCCCAGUACUGCCGACUGAGUGUCGCAUUCGCCUUGUUGGCUCGCCCCUCGCUGCUCUUUUAUAUUCCUUCGAAGGCCUUUUACCCUCAGCCCAAGGUCCUCUUCGCUGCCUUUGGACAGCGGCGCAAGAUGCUCAGGCAAAGCCUUAAGUCAAUCCUCCCCCCUGGCGUUUCCGUCCCGGAGGAAUUCGGCGCCUUAAGGCCUCAGGCCCUUGCGCCCUCUCAGUUUGUGGAGCUUACAGCUGCCCUCUUUGGCCGCAAUGGUGCUGAUGAUCUCGCUGGAAGGGAGGCCAAGGCGAACUCCGCUGACUCGACAGAGACAGUAGAAAGCCUACUCACAGACCCCCCCCCUAUACCUAGGAUACCUGCAGUCUGGAGGAGGGCUAAACAUGGGCACUACUGA